AUGAGACCUGCAGAACAGAAGAAAAGAAGGGAUGAGACAAUAGAUGACCCAACAAAACGAAACAAGAUUGAAUUCUACUAUUAUCUUUUAGAUAUAGUAAUCACAUCUUUGGAGGAGAGAUUCAGUCAACUGAAAGCUCAUUGUGAUUAUUUUGAUUUUCUCUACAACAUUGAUGAGCGGAAGAAUACGCCUCCUGACAGACUGGACACAAAGUGUAGAAACCUCGCAGAGAUUUUGCAAGAUCAUGAGUCAAGUGACAUUGAUGCACUGGAGUUGAAAUGUGAACUAAAAGGGUUUCAACAUUUGACAGUUGCGAGUGGAAAGAGGAGUUUCUCAAAACUGAAACUGAUAAAGACAUACCUAUUAUCAACAAUGAACAAAAUUCAUUUCACUGAUCUUGCAACAGUAUCGAUUAAGAAUGAGCUUGUGGAGGACAUACAUUACACAGAUCAUGUGAAAGAGUUUGCACAAGCAAAAGCUAGGAAGAUUCGAUUUGUCUAUUGA